GUGCAGACCAAUGACUGUACGCCUAUGUUAUACUGUACAGUGUGUUAGUCGCGCAGUAAAGAGCGUCGUCGUCGUCGACGUUACCCUGCGUGUGCUCUUGCUACUGCACUGCACUGCUACGUUUGUCCGCGUUAUUGCGUGCGAGAGACGUGCACUCGUGUAAGCUGCACGUCUUGUACAUCUUUUACGAGUCUCGGGGACGAAGCGACGAGCAGCGAGUCGUUGUUUUUUAUCCGCCUAUAUACUAAUAAACGCGCGCGAGUGUGUGCCAAAAGGCCCGCGAGUCUUUGACGGAUCCCGUUUUACGUGAUCUCUUCGAGUGCGUGCCAGUGUCUGUGUACGUGCACCUAUAACACGGGAUAUCGUAUCGAACAUAGGUAUACGUUCGAGUCAGUGCCUGUGCCAUAGCCACUAGCAUAAGCAAGAAACAUACAACAACAAUAACAAUCAACAACAACAAAGCUAAACAAUUGCCUUAUCCCUAGUAUAUAUUGUAUACAUAUAGAUAAGAAGACAAAAGUCGCGCGCGCAUCGUGAGCUGCUGCUGCUGCUGCAUCGUCUACGCGGAGAGGAGGUUGUCGUCCAUAACAUAGUGUACAGUGCGCGCUCUACUCGCUACACCUAAUACAGCGCAUAGGCUGCUGCUGACACUGCCACUGUAUAUCUGUAUAUCGAGCGAGGCAUCUCUCCGUCUCUCUUCCACUCGCUGCAGCCGAGCGCCUUGCACGCAUGCACGCACGGACGCAAACACCUACUCACUCGUAUACACCAACAGCUCGUGUAUGAGCGCUCGCGGCAGAUGUGUACGUGUAUGUGUUCUUAGCUAUAUAGGCGCUUCUAUUUACAAACACGCUACGUACGAGUAAAAAUCAGCAAAGUUAUUCUCAACUAUCGACUGGAAGAGGAUGCUCAAGAGAACCAAGGAUCAUCGUCGACUUCAGCUUAGAGCAGCCCUAAUAAAAGGAAGAAAAUAAUAUCGCUUCGAAUCGAGAAGUGGGCAUCGCCGUUCUAGAUAGCAGUUCGGGCGCUCUUACGGCGCGCGGGCCGCGGCGCUGCUCAGACUACUCUGACUCUGUCUCUGUGUGAUAUGUGCGUGUUCACUAGCGUGUAGUGUUGUGUACGUGUAGGUGCGCGACAGCCGACUUGGACGACGACGUCCUGUGCAUUCGGCUGCUACGAUAUCUCGCGGCGCGCACGGCACGGCACGUUCUUCCGUCUCCUUUCAACUUUCGCCUGCGCCAGACUUUUCUCUCUCUCUCCCGCUUCCUCGCAGCUGAGCGCGGCUGCUUAUGCUGCCCGAGUCGCGAGUGUUGCUGAACAAAAGUACUGCCUGCAGUCGUAGCGUCUUCCGCUCGCGCUUGUUCCAAAGCUAUCUUCUCCCAGUCUGUAGCGUAUACACGCGUUGUAUACGCGACUCUCGGGCGGUAUUUCUGUGACUUCAGUGUUGUGUGGCUCGAUUUCCAUUCGGACUUCGGGCUUAGUGUUACGGUGUAACGAUACGCAUUAUGCGCGCCACGAUUAUGGUGACAAUUGCUGCCGUUGCUGACUCCGCUCUUACAAUAAUUGCCACGGUCACUUCUGUUCAGAAUUUAAGCCGCUCGGAACGGUGAUCAUCGUCCAGAGCUUUUCACCUGCCUACCGCAACGCAGUUCACCAACGCAGCAACGAGAACAUGGCUGCGGCGGAGUUAAAGCUCAACUCGCCCGCUGGGGCCGAGCCCAUCAUUUACACAUGGCCUCUGACCAUUGGAAGUGGACGUGACAAACAUGAUGGUUCGAUUGAUAUUGUUGAGACGAUGCGAUGGGUCUGUGAGGACUUUCCAGACCUCAAAGUGUCAUUGGAGCAUAAUAUAAUUGCUGGAUACAAUGGGAAAGACUAUGAAAGCAUGAAAAGCCUAUGUGAUAGGUUUAAUAGAGCUAUUGGUACUUUGGUCAAUCUGGAGAAAGGUACGAGUCUCACUGCUCAAAGAAUAAACAAAAGACCAAGUCGCGGUUUAUUGAGACACAUUCUUCAACAAACUUACAAUUAUGCUGUCACGGAGCCUGACAAACUGAAUCAAUAUGAACCAUUUUCUCCAGAAGUGUAUGGAGAAACUAGUUAUGAUUUAAUUUGUCAGAUGAUAGAUUCAGUCGAUAUAACCGAGGAUGAUAUUUUUAUUGAUCUGGGUUCAGGAGUUGGACAAGUGGUUUUACAAAUGGCUGCAGCUACAAAAUGUAAAAUGUGUUUGGGUAUAGAAAGAGCUGAUGUUCCUUCAAAGUAUGCAGAGAGUAUGCAAGCACAGUUUCAAAAGUGGUUAAAGUGGUAUGGUAAAAAAAGUGGAGAAUAUCGCAUCGUUAAAGGAGAUUUCCUUGCUCCAGAGCAUAAAGAAAGUAUUACUAGUGCAACCCUAAUAUUUGUUAAUAAUUUUGCAUUUGGACCUAACGUAGAUCAUCAACUUAAAUUAAUAUUUGCUGACUUGAAAGAUGGGGCUUGUAUCAUAUCAUCUAAAUCAUUUUGUCCACUUAAUUUCAGAAUAACAGAUAGAAACUUAACCGAUAUUGGAACAAUUAUGCAUGUUCAAGAACUGGAACCAAUCUUAGGGUCUGUCUCUUGGACAGGGAAACCUGUCUCGUAUUAUUUGCACAAAAUCGACAGAACUAAACUCGAAGAUUAUUUCAAUAAGUUAAAGAAUAGAGGUCGUAACGACGAUUCAAAUGAUUCUGUAAUCAACACUGCCAGUUGUAGUAGUAGGUCGAAUCGAGGUGAUCGAGCUAAACGUGAUUUGUCGCGACAUCUCGAUAGUCCUCAAGGUCAUCAGAAUUCCAAUAGUGAGACAAAUUCAGAAGACGAAAAUCAUUCUAGAUCUCGUCGUCGUCGAAAAACUUCCAAGAGAGCAACAAAUGGAACAACUACGAAAGCAUCUUCAAGGGGAGGCCGAUCGACGCGGGGAACUCGUGGUGGUGGCGUCACCAAACGAUGUAAGCCCAAAAAAUCGAUCAAUAUAUCUGGGUUGGAUUUACUGCACAGUCAAACAGUGAUGAGUACGUCACCUCAAGCUCUUGGUAAAAAACCGCCACCAGCUCCGGGUACGGUUGACCAACAGCUUACUUCUCUGUCUGUGCAAGCGCUCCAGCCAAAUUCUGCAUCGGUACACGAAGAAUUAAGUAUCCCGAAAGCUCCGCACGAAACACCGUAUGCUUUGCAAAUGUUGUUAGAUGUUUACAGAGAGCAAUUUAUGGAAAUGUUGGAAGCGAUGAAAAAAUCUGAUUAUAGAACUCGAGUUGAAGCUGAUAUAACGAAAGAACGAUCAAUAAACGAAACGUUAAAAUUGCGAGCAGCACAGUUAGAAAAACAAAUAGCUGUUCUAAUUAACGACAGCGUCAUUUUGCUGAAAGCUAGAAUGGCUGAGUUGCAAAUAAACUCGGACUCACCUGCAAAUCUGUUAGCAAAAGCCAAAGAGAUUGUUGUCAAACAUAGACAGCUUUCUAAUACUGUACUAAAACUUCAGACCCAGGUCAGCACUAUCGAAAGUGAUCAACAAAAAUUGGCUACACAAAGAUAUCAGGAAAUAAUAGAAAAGUUCAAUAGCAACCCUGGUCAACCCUUACAAUCCGUUACAAAUGAAUUGAUUAUGAAAGAAAUCGCUGCUCAACUUGCUCAGAGAAAACAGUUGAAAUCCAAACAUAUUAAUCUGAGUCAGACAGUUGUUCAAAUGGAAAGAAAUUCAAAAGAGCGUGAUAGCAAUAAACAACAACAUCAACAACACCAUCCGUUACAAUCACACGCACCUAGUAAAAGUGGCAAUUCGCGGAAAAGAGAUAGCCGUACGCGCUCGCAAGAUUGGCCUGACGUGCCGGAUGUUGGUAAAAUUCAGGAAAACAAUCCUGAAUUGCUAGCUCAAAAAAUUCUUGAAACUGGACGACAAAUAGAAGCAGGUAAACUACCGAAUCGUUCGUCUGGAUCGUUAACAACGGCUACUGGUAGUUUUCCUCCACCGUCUAAUGCGAGACCACGACUACCUCAAGCUACUUUGAAUUUUGGCUCGAUUCAACAGCAGCAGCAGCCUACUCUUCCUCAGCAGCAACAACAACAACCACAGCAACAACAGCAGCGACAACCUCGUGAAUCGCUCAGAGAUAAUGACUUUGAAUACAGAUUGAAGAGUAUUAUUACAAGUGUGCUGAAUGAAGAUGUACAAAAUCGAUCACAACAGCAAAUGAUGCAGCAGGGGCAACAACAGCAGCCAAUGGGUCCACACAGUAGUGAAUCUGAUCGUCAACGAUCAGCACUACAAAACCCCAAUCAUGAUUACUCACAGGUAUCGCCGGCAAAGAUGGCUCUACGUCGUCACCUUUCCCAAGAGCGAUUACCGACUGUACAGUCAACAACACAACAACAACAGCAACAGCAACAGCAACAGCAACAGCAACAACAACAGCAACAACAACAGCAACAACAUCAGCAGCAGCAGCAACAGCAGCAACAACAACAACAACAACCACAACAGCAACAACAGCCCACGAGUAGUGAAAUUCCGCACCAAUCCGAUGUCAAAGUGCAAUCACAACAGCAGCCUCAAUCGUCGUAUGCUCGGCAACAAGCCCCAAGCUCUCAAAUGUCUGGCAGUAGUACCAGUGCGAAGAGCAGCGGUGUGGCUUCUUUGCUUGGCACCAGGACGAUCGGUGAUCUAGUAAGCGGUGAAAUCGAGAGAACACUUGAAAUUUCCAAUCAAACAAUCAUCAACGCGGCUGUUGAUAUGAGUGUUAUUGGCACAAAUCCGGAGCCCUUUGCUCCGGCAACUAGUUCGGUUGGGAAAUCAAGUGCCGUCGCCGAAGCAGAAUCAGCAGGUCUAACUACACUACCAAGCGUAGCGAGCUACACUCCGACUCCUAGUGCAGCUGUACCUACUACAUCAGCUCAGCAACAUCAAAAGGCCAACGUAAACUCUAACAGUUCUGCCAAUUCUAGGUCUUCAGUGCUUUAUGCACCUCCACCGAAUCAAACCCAAAGGUACACACCGGUACAGUUACCUCGCGCUGACAUAAAGCCGUACCGUGAGUCAUAUUUCACGGAUAAUUCAUCGUCGACUACAAGAGCGUCAACGACGACGGCGGCGGCAACGAUACUCCCAUCGCCCUCAUCGUCUUCGUCGUCGUCGGUUCAGCCACCCUCACUAUCGAACGGUGAAAUGCCGCUUGAAGGGCUUGCUGCAACUUUGCACGCGCGCAUGCUUAACAAUCAAGGAAGCAGCAAUAAUAGCAACAGUAGUAACGGCGCGAGUAGUAGUAGUAACAGUGGUAGUGUCAAUAAAAGCGAACACAGUUUGGUCAAUAGUAGUAGAAGCAAUCGAUACCAGCCUUAUCAACGUUAUGGAAACAGUAGCAUUAGCGGUGGUAAUAGUGCUAGUGCUGUAACGCCACAACCGACCAAACCAGUGAAAAAAGAACUACCGGUCACUACGAGUGGAGGCGCUCCUCUGAGUCCGCUUAUCGAGCCACAUUCUAACUCGUCGACGCCCAUUGUUGACGAGCCGCAACUGCCUAGUUCGAGACGUAGUCCUCGUGAUGACAAGACAUUAAGGAAAACAAAUUUUAUAGAUCCAGACUGGCAUUGCAUAAGCUCUGGUUUUGAUCGGCUGGCAGCUUUUGCUUCAACUGAGUUGGACAAACGACGACGUUCGACUGAAGCCGUUAAUACCAGUCCCGAUAGUGGUCUUGGCUCUGAUAGUAGUGCAAUUCAUGGUGCACCACCUAUAGUUCCUUCACCCGAUGAAGCAGCCCUAGGACCACCACGCACGCCUUCACCAAGUAGUCCCAGGUCAACUGGUAGUCACCACAGUCAUCAUCACAACCAUCACUACAACAAUAAUCAUCCACAUCAUCAGCAGCAGGGUGUUCCGCUCAAGUAUCAAAGACACAGCAGUCAACAUAGCAAUCAACACAGCAAUCAACACAGUAAUCAAAGCAGCGGCGACGUCGAAAGACCACAUCACUAUAAAAAGAAAUACAUUCAUCGAGAGAUGCCUGGCUCGUCGACGUCCUCAUCAACUUCAUCGGGAAAAUUCAGGCCAAAAGGCAAAGAUUGGGAUUGGAAUCAUCAUUGGUCAGGAGGUAGUCCGAAUGAACGCUCUUAAGACCUUUUUGAUAGUAUAUGAAUGAUGUAUAAAUGAUUUUGUACAAAUUUUGUUAGGGAUAAUGCAGUGCUAUCGAGAGUUUGCGUAGCGUAUAUAACUUUAUCGUGAGAAAUAGCUUAAACAAAUUUAUCGUAAUUAAAACUUAUUUUACAUCCUUGUAUCAUAAAAUAGUAAAUUUAAAUUGCUCCGUUAUCAUAAAGACUUGAGUAGACGUUUUUUAAUUUCAAUUUUUGUUAGUUCUUGCUUAUUGUUUUUGAAGUGUGAAGAAAAUUGAUUAAAGAUUUAUUAUAUUCUUUAUUCGUUAUGUGAAUGUUAAUUAUUGAGUUAUAAAGGUGAAUAGGUUUUAAAUUUACUUAAUUGAAAUUGAAAAGAUUUGUUCAAGUAUUUAAUCGAUCUUUCAAAUCAAAUAAAGUAAACAUUAGUUAUAUACUUUUUUUACUAUUAAGAAAAGAGAUCUAUUUUAGAGUAAAGAGUAUAAUUAAAAAGCGUCUACUUUGUUAUGUUAGUAUUUUUCUUCCCAUGAUAAUUUAUUGUAUUAUAAAUUAUUUUAUGAAACGUUUCGUUACUUUGUAUAGUAACACGUUGUUUUGUUUCAUUACAUUGGAAGAAUAUUUGAGGUAUAAUUGACGGUUUUUGAGAUAUAGAAACAGAACUAAUAGUCUACUCAAAUUUAAUUAUAUGUGCUAGAUACAAUUUUCACUUGAAUACGAAAAAUACAUAAAUGAAAGUGAUAAUGAAUAUUGUAUUAGAAAAGAAAUUUUAAUUUCGAGGCUAGUAACAGAAAUGAUUGAAAUUAAUAAAAUAAAAUCGCAGCCCACCGUGAAAACGACAGAGUCACAUAGCAAAAGUGCAUUAAAUAAUGUAAUAUGUACAUUUUAAAAGUAAUUUUCAAUAUUUAUACGGGUUCAUAACAAAGAUUAUUUACUCUAUUGUAUAUUAUAUUAAUAUAAUACAUUUAAUAUCAUAUAUAUGAUAGCUGAAAUUUAUGGUCACGCACUUUUGUGGUGUCAGCUCAUUUUCUCAACUACUAUUGAGAUGAAACUUUCACACGCAUGGAAAAAAAUCUAAGAAAACUUUUUCACUAUGAAUCUUGUAAUCUUUUUACUCAAACGACUAAUAAUUUAUACGAAAAAGUUAUAAAUAAAUUAUAAUGCUCUCAAUAAAUGUAAAAAUUCUGCCUAUAGCGUGUCGUAUAGACUAUAAUGAGUAGUAAAAAAAGACAAAAGUUAAGUACUUUUCUAACUUAACAGUCGAGUCUCUGGUGUGUUCGUUGUAAAAUUUUUAGAAUUUUGUAAUAAUCAAGAGAUGAACAUCUUCUAUUGAUCGAUGUUGAAUCUCGUAACCACAGUGUUCAUCGAUGCUUGUUUUUUUAUAGAUGCAAUAAAUGGCAAUUACAUAAAUUGCUUCUAAAAUUGAUGAUUAAAAGUUAGUAUGAAAAAUGCUUGAAUUAGUAUAAAUAACAUCGAACUGACAGACAUUAAUCUGUAAUAUCCAAAGAGCGAGCGAUCUUUGCGAGCAUUGAACAUUUUUUUCGACUUGGUGCAUCGUAUAUAAUAAUAGUAAUAAUAGUAAUAAGUAAAAAAAGACGUAGUCGAACGAGUUGAAACUACUAUUACUCGAAGUUAUUAAAAAAGUAACCUCUAGUAAAAGUGGUUUUUCUUAAGAAAAUGACUAGAAACAAUGUGAGUAAAACAAUGUAAAUUUAAUUAUAUUAAGUUCACGGAUAUGAAAGACAUAGCAUUCCCGUGGCAUCUAAUAAGGCAUCUGAGCACUUGUACUUGUAAGAACAAGUGCUUGAUAAAAAAUAGUGUAAAUACCGAAUCAAUAAUCUUGUAUAGACAAAAAACCAAAUGCGCAAAAAGAAAACAGGAAAAGUUGGAUAAUUGUAUUUAUAUGGAAACAACCUUAUAGAUAUAUCGAGAAAAUGCG